UGUAACCUCUUCGUUUCCUCGAGAUGCCUCCAAGCAGCAUAGUUGGUCGAAGGAGCUAAUCAAAAAUAUUGUUCAUAUAUUGUUCAUGUGACACCGUGACUGUGUAUAAUACCUAUUUUAAUGCCCGUAUGCUUUCCCUUGCGCGUCCCUGUCCGGUUUAACAUGGUGAACGCGGAUGAAAUCGCCAAAUUGUGCUACGAGCGUUUCAAGCAGCUUCCCCGGAGAGGGAAGCCUGAGCCGGGCAGAGAGUGGACCCUGCUGGCCGCUGUUGUCAAAAUCACCCGGUGUGCUGCUGACUCUGACACAGUUGAGAAGGAGGUUGUUUCCCUAGGAACUGGGACCAAAUGUAUUGGACGGACAGCUAUGAGUCCCAAUGGUGAAGUACUUAAUGACAGCCAUGCAGAAGUCAUUGCUAGACGGGGAUGUAUCAGGUACCUGAUCCAGGAGCUGCACAGGGCCGUGAGUGGUGGGGACAGCUCUGUGUUUUGUCAGGCAGAUGAGCGGGGGAAGUGGAGGCUUCAGCCAGGAGUUUCCUUCCUCUUCUUCACCAGUCACACUCCCUGUGGUGAUGCCGCCAUCGUCCCCAUGAUUGACAGCCAGUCUCAGCCCUGCCCUCCUGUCACAUCUGUAAAGGGCCAUGAAGGAACUGAUGCAAGAGGAGACCUGAAAAGAGAAGCUGAGGAAUCCAGUGAAGGAAAAAACAUGAAACUGCCCCGUCUGGAGGAAGAGGAGACCGCGGAGAAAAAUCUAGAGGACAGAGGAGACACAAAACAAUCCUUCCUUUCAAAUUCAUCUUCUAGUGAGGAUCCAUCACAGAGUCACUCUGCAGAAACGCCCGUGGAAACUGUCUCACAAGAUUCAGCACAGCUGGAGAUGAAAACCAGAGGCCCUUCUGACAGUUACCAGGUCCCAGACAUUCACCGAACGGGGGCUAAGUGUGUCUCGGGUGGCCCAGCCGACCCUCUGCACCCUGGGAUGGGGUACCACAGCACAGGGGUGCUCCGGGUGAAACCCGGGCGAGGAGAACCCACUCUGUCCCUCUCCUGCAGUGACAAGCUGGCCCGCUGGGGGGUGCUGGGCUUCCAGGGCGCACUGCUGUCCCACUACCUACAGGAGGCGCUCUACUUCAGCACCGUGGUUGUGGGGAAGUGUCCAUACAGCCAAGAAGCUAUGCAGAGAGCUUUGGUUACAAGGUGCUCCCAUGUGUCGGACCUCCCUGCUGGUUUCUCUGUGUGUCCGCCUGUGCUGCUCCAGUCCAGCCUGGAGUUCCCCUUCAGCCAGGCCCAGACCCAGCUGCAACACAAGGCCAGACAGGGACGAAUUUCCCCCUGUGGAGCAGCCAUCAGCUGGUGUAAUGUGACGGAGCAGCCACUAGAUGUCACUGCCAACGGCUACAAACAUGGAGUCACCAAGAAGGCCUUUGGCACAGCUAACGUCAGGUCUCUUCUGUGUAAACUGGAGCUUUUCUAUUCCUUCCUGUCUCUGGUAGCAGCCACUGAGCCCUCAGCACUUCCCGACUCCCUCAGGAGAGCAGAGCUGCAGACCUACUGGGACUACAAGCAGGCGUCCCAGUUGUUUCAGCAGGCCUGGCAGCAGCUCCACAGCCAGGCCUUCCCUCUGUGGCCACGCAGCGACAGAGAUCUCCUGCUCUUCCACUGAACUCCCCACUCUGCAGGGGCAGGACUAGAAGGGGGCAAAGGGAUGGCACCCCCCCCCUCCCAAUCCAUUGGGCUAGGGUGCUGUUAGUCUAUAUUCAUGACGUUCCACUUCCGGGAUUGCUCCGGUGCUACCGGAAAUUCCGCCAGAC